AUGGGAGAUGCAUUUAGUGGUUCCGCUAUUGAAACAAUAACAUUUGAAAAUGACUCCACAUUAGAAUCAGUUGAUAUAGGUACGUUUAGUUGGACAUCACAUCUUCGAAAUAUCACUCUUCCAGAUAGUGUCAAAGAGAUAAAAGAAAAUGCAUUUGCAUACGCAAAUAUUAGUGAGUUUGUUGUUCCAAAAGAAACAAUUUCUAUUUCUCCAUUUGCAUUCAAUCACUGUCGUAGUUUAUCUAAAUUCAUUAUUCCAGCAAAUUGUUUUCUUCAAGAACUUGGUUUGUUUAUCUUUGAAGGCUGCACAUCGUUGGAAACAUUUGAAUGCAAUGAAAGUUUAUAUUUCACUGUUGAAAACUAUGCACUUUUCAACAAGAACAAGACAUCACUAGUUUGUUUCCCACCUGCUUCAGAAUGCAAAUUCUUCUAUGUUCCAAUUAGUAUCGAACGUAUUUCAGCAGGUGCAUUCUACUGUUGCAAAAACAUUGUUAACAUCCUAAUUCCUGAUAAAUCAGUUAAAGUUAUUGAACGAUACGUAUUCAGUAAUUGUACAUCUCUCUCGCACAUCAACAUUCCAUGCAGUGUUGUACGUGUUGAAACGCAUGCAUUUUCAAACUGCUUUAAGCUUCAAUGUGGUGUUAAUAUUGACAACAACAACGAAACAUUUAUCUCCGAACUUUUCAACAUUUCAUUACUUCCAAAGUCUUCAAUUACUGAAUGUAAUCUUAUCACAUGCCGCAAGACACACCACUAUCGAUAUUUCUUACAUUUCUCUCUAUUUUCAUUGUCUGAAAGUAUUUAUCUUGGUUUUGAUAUAAAAUAA